AUGUUUAACUCGUUUUUUCGCAAUUGGCUCGGAACUGAAGAUCCACCAACAAAGGUCAUCGAAGUGCGACCGGAUAAUUAUGUGUCCAGACCAAUAUAUUAUAGGGAUGAUUCAAUGUUGUUAUAUGGUCCAAAGACCCCCAAUGAUGGGAAAAAUUCGAAAGAUAAAUUCUAUGAAAUUGUCUUACAUAAACCCUUUACAGAAAGCUUGCAUCAGAUGUACAGCUUAUUUCGAUCAGAAAGUCGUGAAAUUUCUGAAGAAAGAUUUAUUACAUUCAAAGACAGAAUACCAGUUUAUGUUAAAAUUACUAAAGAGUGUACAGUCCCAAGUCUUCAAAAGCUUUGUGACAUUCUCAGCGAGCAUAACUCGUGGACUGUGGCACACAUAGUUGCACAUUUUGGCCAGUAUGAACUUCUUAAUGAACCAGAUGUUCAGAGACACAUUAAUGAAGUUGACCCUGUUACAGGAGCCUCUGCACUUAUGGUGGCAAUUAGAACAGGUAAUGUACGAAUGGUACAGAGCCUUAUAUCAAUCAAUUCAUCUCUGGAUAUAAUUGAUCACGACCACAACUCUGUAUUUCAUUAUGCCGCUGCAAGUAACAAAGAAGUUAUUAAUGCCCUUGCCAGCAAAACAUCGAAAUUCCUUAACUUAUUCAACAAGCAAGGGUACACACCGCUACACAUGGCUUGUCUCGCAGACGCGCCUGACUGCGUCCGAGCCUUAUUAAUGGCUGGAGCUGAUGUGAAUCUAACAGCCGCCAAACGGACUGCUAGCAAUUCACAGGCUAUUCCAGGUGUAGUUGGCGAUGUCGUCCAAAACAAUCGAUCCAAACUAUUCGAAGAAGACAUGAAGCGUGGUGGAACGCCCCUCCACUGGGCGAUUUCCCGCGAAGUGAUUGAUGCUCUAGUCGACAAGAACUGUGAUUUUAACGCUGUCAACUUUGACGGAAGGACCGCCCUUCAUAUUAUGGUGUUGAGGGGGAGACUGGAAUGCGCUACCGCUUUGCUCUCUAGAGGAGUGGAACAUUCUACAGGUGACAAAGAGGGCAACACACCUCUGCAUUUAGCAGUUAAACAGCCAAACAUAUGCAUAGUGCAGGCUUUAGUUGUGUUUGGAGCUGAUUUGGAAGCGAAAAACAACGCUGGUUUCACCGCAAGGCAUUUGGUACCAAUUGAAAUGGCGAAUAGUGAUUAUGAUAGGAUUCUGUACGUUUUGCAUUCCGUUGGGGCAAAGAGAUGUACCUCGGACAUCUCUGGUUGUCGUCCAUCAUGUUCCUCCAGAGGGGAGUAUAAUGGGGUCCCACCACCACCUAUAGCAAGGUCUUCCACUCGCGAUAUGGUCUGCAGUAUGCUUACCGCUUCUACCAUGGACAAAGCGGCAACACUGGGGACACUGAAGAAUGAAGGACGCUUACUCUGCCUAGAUGGAGGCGGAAUACGUGGUUUAGUGCUAGUCCAAAUCUUACUAAACCUCGAAGCAGCUAUAGGCAAACCGAUAAUACACUGCUUCGACUGGGUAGCUGGAACCAGUACUGGUGGGAUUCUGGCAUUGGCCCUGGCCACCGGGAAGACGUUGAGAGAAUGUCAGAUGCUGUACUUUAGGAUGAAGGAAUUCGCAUUUGUGGGCAUGAGGCCGUACCCUUCUGAGGUGCUUGAGAACAUUUUGAAGGAGUGUUUAGGUACGGAGACCGUUAUGGCGGAUAUCGACCAUCCGAAGCUGAUGAUCCUGGCCGUCUUGGCGGACAGGAAGCCAGUUGACUUGCACAUCUUCAGAAAUUACCAGUCAGCUGAAAAUAUACUGUGCGAAUAUAAUGGAACAAUGAGUCCUCAAGCAGAGGCCAGCGACCGUUCGUCAGUGGAAAUCCUAGCGGAGCCUCCGCCCCCCGCGGAACAGCUCGUGUGGCAGGCAGCUAGGGCUUCGGGGGCUGCGCCUUCCUACUUUAGGGCUUCAGGCAGGUAUUUAGACGGUGGUCUAAUAGGGAAUAACCCAACGUUAGACGCACUGACUGAGUUAGCGGAAGUAAGACUAGCACUGGAAGCCACGGGCCAGUAUGAAGCCGCUAAGAAAACUCAUCUCAAAGUCGUCGUUUCAUGUGGAACUGGCAUGAUCCCGGUUACAAAAUUGAAAGAUAUAGAUGUUUUUAAGCCGGAGAGCAUUUGGGACACCGCCAGACUUGCACUGGGAUUAUCUUCCAUUGGAAAGCUUUUAGUUGAUCAGGCGACGCAAUCCGACGGACGUAUCGUUGAACGCGCGCGUGCGUGGUGCCAAUCACUGGGCGUGCCCUACUACCGGUUCUCGCCGCAAAUGUCACGCGACCAUGCGAUGGACGAACGAUCUGACGAGCACUUGGUGACCAUGCUGUGGGAAGCGCAGGCUUAUAUGAGGGACCAUAGGGAUAGAGUCUUGGAACUGGCUGCUAUGCUGACUGACACGGGUAAGGGUUAUAAACCACAGACAAACCUUGAUUCAAAUAUUUCGCACAUAAAUGAAAUUAACUGGUGUUAA